AUGGUGGGGCACCCCCGCGCCCACACUCCACAACACCCUAAAAUCUGGACAGCCCGCACCCCCACCACGGGAGGUUUCUUAUUGGAGUGGCCUGAGAAUAGAGUUGGCCCGCCCCUUCUCGGUUGGGGGGGGUUCCGAGGACCGUCGGGGGCGGCCCCCGCGCCCCGCACCGGCCCGGGCAGCGCGCUCACCCCGCACCCCUCCGCUGCUCCCCAUCCCGGCCUUCACGGCGCGCCUCGGUCUGGAAGGCUUUGGGGGAGCCGUGGCUUGUGGGUUACUCAUUACGGCCCGAUCCCAGGCCGUCCAGAAAGCCGGGACACGGCAGUCGUCUCCCCAACGUCUAGCGCGCAGCCGGGCUCAGCCACGGUCCCCGGAGACGAGACGGGGGACCUCCCAACGCGGGGACGUCGGCGCGUUCCCGGCCGGGCGGCCCCGGCUCCGGGGGGGGGGCCGGUGUGCGGGCGGGUGAGGCACGCGGACCGCGCACCGGGCGCAGGGCGAAGCUGCCCGGAGCGGCCCCGGGGGCUCCGCGCUCCGACCCGUCCUCCCAGCCCCGCGCCGGCACGCAGGGUCCUCCGGGGCCUCAGGAGACACCCCCCCCCGAAACAAGAACAAUCCUCACGGGGUCGUGGCCGCCCCCCCCCCGGCGUCGCGGGCGUCACCGGCGACCUUCCAAGGGCACCGGCUCCCAACCGGCUGAGGUCGGUGCCUCGAUGGCACGGACGCCGCCACCAGAGCGCAAACCAACGACGGCCGCUCAGCCAGCGGCCGCCCGCCGGGGACCGGGCGCCCAGGCCACCGCGCGCCUAA